UGGUAGAUUUAGAACCUGAAGCCAUUAAAGAGGAGCAAAUGCAUGAGACUGUUCAACAAAGAGUGGUCUGCUCAUCCCUGAAGACAGAAGACAGCCAGUAGAAAAGAAGGGUCAGUGACACUGAGGCCAAAGCUAUGGAGGUCACUUACUCCCAAGUGGAAGAUGGUCAGUCAAGUGGACAAUUAAGAAGUCAACAGAAAGGCCCAGCAUCAGAUCAGCAGAGCAGCAAUGACAGGAUAGAAGAGUAUACCUACCAAGAGCUUCAGAAAAGGGAACUCGAGGUCUACUCAUCGUUAGAGACACAAGACCAGAAAAAGAGAGAAAGGCCAGAGCUUGAAAGGUUGGUAUAUUUAGAACCUGAAGCCAUGAAAGAGGAGCAAACAUAUGAGACUGUUCAACAAAGAGUGGUCUGCUCAUCCCUGAAGACAGAAGACAACCAAGAGAAAGGAAGGGUCAGUGACACUGAGGCCAAAGAGCACGGAAUCUCCUCAUUUUGCUGUAAGCUCUUUAUGCUCCUCAUAAUCCUCACAAUAGUGAUUGGUGUAGUGAUCUAUCUGUUGGUGAGAGGCAGCAAAAGCGGUGGUGGUGGAAGAAAUACAUUGAACUCCAAUGAUUCAUUAAAGAAGAGCCUUUUCACAAGACUGGGAGACCACUAUUACUAUUUCUCUGUAGUGGAAAAAACAUGGUUGACCAGCGUGGACUUCUGUGCAAGGCAUCAAAUACCUCUUGUUGAAUUUAAGGAUCGAAAAGAGUUGGGCGCAGUUUUACAGCACAUGAGGAGCCACAAAAUGAAGGACAGCUACUGGAUUGGACUGAAGAAAAGAGCCACUGGGUCAGUCUGGAAAUGGGAGGAUGGUACCCAGUUUAAUCCACAGAGAUUUACUUCUAAUAGUCACUCAUCCCAAGGAUGUGCCAUGAUAAGAAGUGACGGCAUCAAAGCUUCCGAUUGUUUAAAUAAAAACAAAUUUAUCUGUAAGAGUAGAAGAGUGAAGAAUUCCACAGGAUGAGAAUAAAUGUGGUAAAAUGUGUCCCCUAUUAUUUGCAAUGUCCUUGUCAAUAGUCACAUUUAUACUUUGCUUAUCUAAUUCACAAUAGCAAAUGUCUAAAUGACAAACAAAAAGAAAUUUCUCUAUAAAAAUUGGAUGGUAAAUUAUGAAAGAGUUGUCUUUAAAGCCAAUCAUCACAGAUGAGCAAGUUUGAAGAUAUUUCACAGUAAAAAUAGUUUUUUGCUUUAAACACAGCCUACAUUUUUGUUCACAAAGUGCACACCUGAAGCCCCCUGGCAAUGUUCAUUGAGCUAAAUAACUUGGUGAGUUCUUCUGAUGCCAUCUUUUUAGACACAUUAAUGUCAAGUGCUUGUUUGUCAGUUAAAUGGAGGCCUGCUGUUGCAGUUUGUUUGAAGGAGUCUAUCAGAAAAGUUUCUAAAAUUUGUGAGGUUUGCUUUUUCAUUUUAGGAUUUUUAUUUUUA